AUGGAUCAAAUCAGAGACCUGGACCCUGUAUCAGGGGGCAGAAACUCGGCGCUGUCUUUUGUUUUUGGAGUCGGCCUGCGGCUCUACGACGCCGGCCGCCGCUUGCCCGAGGCCCGGAAAGCCCUCUCACAGGCUGGCAGCCGGCUCUCCGAGGUCGUCGCAACCCAAACAAGAGACCUCAUCCAGCGCGUCAUCAGGAGCACCGAGGCCAAGCGGCCAGCGAGACGGCGGCACAUGUCAACGCCAGUCCCACAGCUGGCUGACGCAGAGCCGAUAGAUACGUUCAUUGUCGACGGCCAGAUUCUCACUGAACCUGGGCCGCUUGAGCCGUGCUGGCCCGGCACGGUGCAGGACAGCGACCCGGAUGGAUACCAGGCCGUGCGCGUCCUCUUCCUCGCGUGGGAAUCGAUGGGCGUGGGCGCGAACGAAAUAUUUGUCGCGCAGACAGAGCGGCUGCGCGAGAUGCUCGAGAUGACGUACAAGUUCGCCAUCCACCAGCUCACCAUCCCCGACGACGCCGAAAAGCCAGAUGUCUGCGUGGUUCAGUAUCUCGUCAAGAACGGCUUUCUCUCCAUGGCCAACGGCAACCACGAGCGCGAGCUGGUGAUUCUCGUGUACAACGGCGGUAGCGUCAUGCAGGACGGCAAGCUCUUCUUGACCGGCGAGACAGGGAGAAUGCCCUGGGGCUGGAUCGAGAGAAGGCUAGCGUCGGCGCCUUAUGACGCGCUGCUGCUGAUGAACUGCACCUACGCACCCGGCCCGCCCAAAGCCUGGCAGCAGGCGCGCAAAGUGGUGCUCGCAGCGCUUGGCGACGACACGCCGUAUCGCAGGCAGGCGGCGGGUGAUUGCUCGCCCGAGAUCGACCCGACGCUGCUCAGGCUGACGGGCAAAGGCCCGACCUGGCCUUCCAUCUUCCUCGAGACGCUCCGCCACUCGCUGGACCAAGGGCCUGGCCGGCAGGGGGCCGUGCCGGUCGCGGGGCUGUAUGCGGACCUCUUAGUGGCCUUCGAGUCGCAGACCCACCGCCAGCAGCACAGCCCGGCCAAGCUGUGGCCCUACUGCCAGGACUUUGCGCGGGGUGGGGCGUCGCCCGCCCAAAUGGCCAUCGAGAUCAAGCCGACGAGCAGGAUCUGGGAAGACUCGAACCCGGACGCCUGGUCGCCCAUCAGCCCCGACGAAGACGCCGAGGCCCGCACUAUGGCCGACUGA